AUGGCUAUCAAAACUGAUAUGUCCAAAGCUUAUGAUAGAGUGGAAUGGGACUUCCUCGAAGAAUUACUAAUCUGGUUGGGUUUUGAUAUCAAAUGGGUCACAUGGAUUAUGAGUUGUGUGCGAUCGGUCUCUUACUCGGUUCUCAUUAAUGGCUCCUCAUAUGGUUUUUUCAAACCAGAACGGGGUAUCCGUCAAGGUGAUCCGCUAUCACCCUUUCUCUUUAUCUUAUGUGCUGAGGCUUUGGUGCAUAUAAUGAAUAGGGCUGAGACUUCAGGGAUAUUAACGGGAAUGCGGUUAGCUGCGGAGUGCCCUUCGCUCUAUGGGAGAGCUUCGGGGCAAGAGAUAAAUUUUCAGAAAUCAUCCUUAACAUUUAGUAAGAAGAUGGAUCCGAUUAUGAAAAGGUUAAUUAGCUUGUUGUCGGGUAUCACUCAAGAGGGAGGUGGUGGAAAAUAUUUGGGGUUACCUGAAUGUUUUAGUGGUUCGAAAGCUGAGCUCUUGAGCUAUAUUACCGAUCGUUUGAAGACAAGACUAAGUGGGUGGUAUGAGAAGACGUUAUCGCUUGGUGGUAUGGAACUUCCGGUAUAUGCAAUGUCUUGCUUCCGUUUAUCUAAACACCAAUGCAAGAAGAUAAAUAGUGUUAUGUCUAGUUUUUGGUGGAAUGCGACUGAAGAUAAGCAUAAGAUGCAUUGGGUCUCUUGGGAGAAACUUUGUAAAUCUAAACCUCGGGGUGGACUGGGAUUUCGAGAUAUUGGUCAGUUCAAUCAAGCUCUUCUUGCUAAACAAGCUUGGUGUUUAAUACAUUUCCCGGAUUCUUUGUUUUCAAGGGUGUAUAAGGCGAAGUAUUUUCCGGUUAACCCAUUUCUUGAAGCCAAAGUUGGUUAUAGACCGUCGUACGCUUGGCGUAGUAUCAUCUUUGGACGUGAACUACUGGAGAAAGGCCUCAUGAAGUCUAUUGGUAAUGGAGCUAAUACUUCAGUUUGGUUAGAUAAGUGGGUUCUUGAUGAUGUUCCAAGAAGACCGUAUAACAAAGAAUCAAGGAUGAAUUUAAACAUGAAAGUGGCCGAUCUGAUUACUUCACAAGGAGAAUGGGAUACAAGUAUUCUUCAAGAGCAUUUUUUACCUUGUGAUAUUACGAAGAUAAGCUCCUUUCCCCCGUCAUUUGAGCUUCAUGAUAGAGUGGUGUGGGCUCUCACAAAAGACGGGAACUACUCGGUGAAAAGUGGAUAUUGGCUUAUCUCUCAUGCUAGUGACGGUUUGGAAUUGAUUACAGAGAGUAAUCAACAGUUGAACACUCUCAAGGAGAAAGUAUGGACUGUGUGUGGUCUCCCUUUACCGCCUCAUGGUUUCUCAUCGGUUAUUUCGGAAAACAUAGAGGUUGUUUUGUCUUUGUUGGUACGUCCGGAGAUUGCAUCACAUAUAAGAACCGUAAUACCAUGGCUUCUAUGGGGAAUUUGGAAAGCUCGAAAUGGUCUAGUGUUCUCUCAACAAGCUUUCAAUCCACACAUCAUUUUCGCCACAGCUGUUAAGGAUAUGGAGGAAUGGUGUGCACAACAAGAAAAUCGUGAUUUGGAAUCUAGAGCGGAAAUGAGAGUUCUUGGAGCUACGGGUAGGUCUUGGUUACCUCCGGCUGUGGGUACUUUCAAGUGUAACAUCCAUUCUUCUUGGAUUAAUGACUCUUCUUUUUGUGGUGGAGCCUAG